AUGUCUAUCGCUCAUGCAGUACCGGACACUCGGGUCCUCGCCGUGGCAAGCCAUGUUGUCUCUGGUUACGUCGGUAACAAGAUUGCCGUCUUCGUGCUGCAAUCGUUAGGAUGCGAUGUCGCAGCCCUCAACACUGUCCAGUUCAGCAAUCAUACUGGCUAUAAGCAAUGGAAGGGCACCAGAGUCUCGGCACAAGAGAUCACGGAUCUAUGGGAUGGACUCAAGCAGUCAUACCUUGACGACUUCGACGUUAUGCUUUCUGGGUAUAUCCCAGGCGCUGAGGCCGUCGAUGCGGUUGGUAAGAUAGGUCGAGAGCUCAAGGAAAAGUCGAGGGAAACACCUGGCAAGUUUUUCUGGGCGCUUGAUCCUGUCAUGGGAGAUAACGGGAGGAUUUACGUAUCUGAAGAUGUCGUGCCAGCUUACAAGAGACUCAUCAACGAUGCAGACCUUAUCCUUCCCAACCAGUUCGAGGCCGAACUGCUCUCAGAGGUCAAGAUCCACGAUAUGGACAGUCUGCGCAAGGCUAUCCAGGUUCUUCACGACAAGUACAAGGUUCCUCACGUUGUCAUCACCUCGGUCAGCCUCGAGGCACCAGAUCACCCCCCUUCACAUCUUGCCGUCGUUGGCUCUACCAUGACAUCCGCCGGCCAAGCUCGCUUCUUCAAGAUCGUCUUCCCCUCGAUCGAUCGCUACUUCAGUGGCACUGGCGACAUGUUCGGUGCUCUCAUGGUGAUCCGAAUGCGCGAGGCUGUCUUCAACGCUGACGAGCGUCUACGACACACGGCCAGUUGGCUUAGCGAUGAUGCUGUAUCCGCCACCGAGCUACCUCUUGCCCGCGCCGCAGAGAAGGUUCUAGGCAGCAUGCACGAAGUUCUCUCCAAAACAUGCGAGGGCAUGAAGAGGGUUGUUGAACGCACAACAGAUGACAUGAAGGUUGAAGACAGAACUAACGAGACAAAGGUCCAUCUCGUCAAGAGCAAGGCUGCUGAGCUACAGCUGGUGAGGAAUCUGGACUGCUUACGCUCGCCAGCAAAACAGUUUCAUGCAAAAGCCACAUGA